AUGGUAGGAAACGUGCGAGGGGGCAUGCAACCAUCGAUCUGCGACGACCUUAUAAGUUAUCUAGCUGCGGCCUCUCCAGGCGACCCCGACAUUCGACGAUUGUUCCAGAAAAAAACCAGCAUGCACUGCGAAGCUGGCAAUUGCGCGCUCUGCCGGUCUCUGAACGCUAUCCCACCUACGCAUACCAACGGAGCUGAACCCCCACAUCAGCCGCGCGAGCACGUCGAACGGACGACGUCGAGCACAUCGACCGAUGACGCCGACCACAACGACAGAGCCAGCAGUGCCACGCAUGAGCAUACUACGUCGAAACUCGACAAGCUGAGGAGGUGGGCGUUCAAGGCUACGUCGAGUGCGGUCGAGGUGAAGGAGUCGGACCCGGACGGGCGCAAAUCGCUGGACUUGCUCGGUUGA